AGAGUGUUUAGCUCGAUAUGUCUGGCCGCGGUAAGGGCGGGAAGGGCCUGGGCAAGGGGGGCGCCAAGCGCCACCGCAAGGUGCUGCGCGACAACAUCCAGGGCAUCACCAAGCCCGCCAUCCGGCGGCUGGCCCGGCGCGGCGGCGUCAAGCGCAUCUCCGGCCUCAUCUACGAGGAGACCCGCGGGGUGCUCAAGGUGUUCCUGGAGAACGUGAUCCGCGACGCCGUCACCUACACGGAGCACGCCAAGCGCAAGACGGUCACGGCCAUGGACGUGGUCUACGCACUCAAGCGCCAGGGCCGCACUCUCUAUGGCUUUGGUGGUUAAAUUUUCCCUGGUUUCAUUUACUCCCCAAAGCUCUCUAAAGGCCCUUUUCAGGGCCGCCCACUUUAUCUCCAGAA